UUUGGGGCAACGAAUGACGCAAUUAUUUGAAAAAAUUACUCACCUUAGAGAGAUCAAGUGCAUCAAACAUUCAGUUUAACCCCUUCUCCGCUUUUGGAGGAACUAACAAAAAAUACAUUAGACAAUUUCCUAAUUUUUUCUUUUUUUUUUCUUGUUCGUGUACCAUCAUUACUAAAGUAAAAUCCAUACUAUGACUAUUAUGUAUCAUGUAGCUAGAAGGAAGGUCCUAAGAGUCUGUUCAACAGCUUCUACCUGCACGCAAUAUUCCUAGUCUCAAAACGGCAUAUGGUGAGCAUCGCGUACAAGGCACAAACGCUAACAAUAAGCUUCGUUAAGGGUAAGUCCCUCUCUCUCCCGAUCCAAUCCAAAUUAUGGGACUUUGCGUUUACGUGCAUCUACCUCCGUUCAGUUAGAAUACACGGCUGGAUUCUGAAGAAUUUUGUAUAUCUAUCGCAGCCGAUCUACCGCAGACGAUAUCUACAAAAGAAGUGCCAGGAACAGGAAAGGGAACUUCAACCCGGUAACUCUUCGAACAUUCUACCCAUACGUUGCGCUCAUUCACUUAUGACAUGGUCCCUCCUGCUAUCAAAGGAGGCAAACUCACCCUUGCCCACCAUCCUCCAGCAAAAUUAAAAUAUGGAACGUAUAGCUGUUAUGUCAACGCUCGGGCGUUGGGUGUUACAGCAACGAGCGGCGUACUGAGACAUGAAAUAUUAACUUAUGCGGCCACUACGCUCACCGUGCUCAUUUACUUCUUUGAUAAUGUUUCUACAAUGAUCCUCCUUUAAGCACAACUGACUCCGAAGAAAUGCAUGUUUUACAGAUGAUACUCACCAACGACACUUUUGAUGAACACGUCUCUCCUUGAUUUCUCUGCGACCAUCUCCGAGUAUUUUUUACCUCCUUCGCCCCAUCCACCAACGGCUACUUCGAAUUUCACGUGAGGGUACUGUUUCCUCAAUCCUGUGAAAUUCCUGUAACCAUUGUCUACGUAAUCGACCUGGAACCAUUGAUUGAACAUUAAAUCUGUUUAUUUUGAAAUAUAUCACAUGGAAUAUGCCGAAAACAGUCCGAAUAUAACGCGGCAGCUUUGUUUCAAAAAUUGAGAAUGUACUGAAAAAUGAUAUUAUACAAAAUCUGAGGAAUUCAGUAACCCUUCAAUUCCCUGGAAUCUGUGUUAUUUAUUUUAAGAAUUUUUUUCUUGUUAAAUUAUUGAAAUAAAAAGCGCGUGUAACUUGUCAAUACUUAAGUAAUCUCCAUGGUAUUUCUCUGAAAUAUAAUUUCAAACAAA